UUUGGGAUUGCGCAGAAGAUUCCAUUGGGGACGAUCCACAUUUCUCGAGAUGUGAUUGUGGGCACGCCAAACUACAUGGCUCCCGAAGCGAUUCAGAAGGCAAGAAGAAGCGCAGGGGGUGCUGCUGGCGGAGGUGGUGGUGUGGGAGCAGCAGUGUACAAGGCGGGCAAGCCAAGCGAUGUCUGGUCUCUGGGUUGCAUCCUCUACCAGAUGGUGUACGGUCGCACACCCUUUGCUCACAUCUCGGGGGACCGCAAAUUGGAGGUCAUCACCGAUCCAAAGCACCAGAUCGCUUUUCCCGCCAAGCGCACACUCGAUGAGCAACGUCUUCGCGAAGCCGAAGAGGCGGAGCGUUCCUCGCCUCCCUCCUCGCCCCCGGCGCAGCCCGCUCUGGAAGAGCUCGACGACAUUCUGCUAGACUGCAUGCGCGCCUCACUCCUCUAUGGGGCCUCGUCUCGCGCAACCAUCCCUCAACUUCUCUCUCACCCAUUCGUCCGCGAUGACGUGACGCUGAGCAGGGGAAAAUUGAGGCAGAUUGUAAUGAGGAUUCAGGCGUACAUGCAGCAAGGAGGGCUGACGGAGGAGAAUGUUGGGGAGAUGGCCGAGAGGCUGAUGACUAAUUUGCAGUUGGACGCUUGGACGCCCUUUGUUGGUGGUGGGGAGGAUUCGCGAAAGUGAAUAGGGGUAGGCUUUUGGAGCCUGCACUUGUCCUGAUUUAUGUUCCUUGGAU